CCGACAGAAGAUUAAAUGUGCAUUUUGGAGCUUAACCACACGCAGAUAUCAUUUCUUAGUACUGCAGGCUAUAAUGAAUACAUACAUACAGCAGUAAAGUGUCCCAGGAGGCUCUGUUUGUUAGGUGGUGCAGAUCAAAAGACAGACGGAACUUCUCUCGACCUAGGUGUAUGCCAAAAGGUACCCAAGGUGGGGAGCAGAGGGCAGCACCAAUAUCUCCCCAUCCUCAGCAGCCCACAGUUCAAGGGCUGCAGACGCAUUCCAUGCCUCCCAACCACCUUGACCUGCAACUCCACAACCCAUGGGUUGCCUCAUUUCUUUGCGUAUCUGCUUUCUCCUACCUCUGCCACACUGAUCUGCUUCUCUUCCCUUCCUUGGUGCCAGGCAGGUAAAGCCCACAGGUUGAAUGCAGAGGAGAGGGAGCAGCUGCUGCCAAACCUGAGAGCCGUGGGGUGGAACGAGGUGGAAGGAAGAGAUGCCAUCUUCAAAGAGUUCCACUUCAAGGACUUCAACCGGGCCUUUGGCUUCAUGACCAGAGUGGCUCUACAAGCAGAAAAACUGGAUCACCACCCUGAAUGGUUCAAUGUGUAUAAUAAGGUUCACAUCACCUUGAGCACCCACGAGUGCACAGGUUUAUCCGAGAGAGACAUCAACUUGGCCAGCUUCAUCGAGCAGGUUGCAGCUUCUCUCUCCUGACCAGAGAGAGAUGUGUGAAGCCAAAAAUCAGCCCUGCCGCAGCCACGACCCACACCUUGCCUCGCCUCAAUGACUGCACCUCACAUUUUCUCCUGUGUCCCAGCCAGUGCCUAGACCGACUGCCUAAGCCUGCACCAGGCUCCCUGCCCCAGCUUGGCAUUUCAGACAGAUGGGGGCAUCCAGCAAGCCUUUACUCCUGUGCAUAUACUUCUCUCUCAUCUUGCCACUUCCAUACUUAAACCCUUCUUUAUCUGUGCACUACCCACCUACAAAUUGCUGACUCUUGGAGGCUUUCAGGAACCAUGCCCUUCUACCAGGAGUAGCAUUACACAAUUGCAGGAGUAAAUCUUUCCAGAAUAUGACCCCAUCUAGUCACUACUGUUGCUUCUUACAUACCAAAAUAUGCUUUACUACUCAAAAUGUGGUACGUUAACCCUUUGGUAUCUGUAUUACACACUGACAACUGUGAUGUGCAAUUUGGUUAUUAAUGUAACCUCUCUCUAGCAGUAUUAUAAGAAGGCAUGUGAUCUCACCCCUA